CGUCCCUGCGCCGCGGCCGCUGCCAGGCACCGGCGACUCCGCGCCGAGGUGCACUCACGCUCCGGGCUCCGGGCGCGCCGAGCCUCUCCGCCGCGCCGCCCGCCCCCCGCGUCCCCCGCGCCGCGCCCCCACUCGGGCGGGGGGGCAUGGGCCCCCGCCGCGUCCGCCGCCGCCGAUCGCAGGCGCCCCAGCCCCCGGGCGCGGCGGGCAGCGGCCGCUGACGCGGGGCGCCGGCUGCCAACUUCGCGCGCUGAGCUCCCGGCGGCGCGGGCGGCAUGAAGACGAGCCGCCGCGGCCGGGCGCUCGUGGCCGUGGCCCUGAACCUGCUGGCGCUGCUCUUCGCCACCACCGCCUUCCUCACCACGCACUGGUGCCAGGGCACGCAGCGGGUGCCCAAGCCGGGCUGCGGCCAGGGCGGGCGCGCCAACUGCCCCAACUCGGGCGCCAACGCCACGGCCAACGGCACCGCCGCCCCCGCCGCCGCGGGGAACGGCCCCCCCGGCGGCGAGCUCUACAGCUGGGAGACGGGCGACGACCGCUUCCUCUUCAGGAAUUUCCACACCGGCAUCUGGUACUCGUGCGAGGAGGAGCUCGGCGGGCGCGAAGGCAGAUCAAGCCGCUCCCACGGCCUCAUACCCCUCCUGGGCGCGGACGCAGCCGGCCAGGUGCGUGCCCCAGGCCGCCGGAGGCGAGGCGGCUCCAGGGAGCGCUGUCCAUCCGCGCGGCGUGCCGGACGCCAGUCCACACCACCCUGCACCGUCCAGUCCCAGGCGGGGGAACUCCGCAGUGAGACAUGCCGCAGCUUCAUUGACCUGGCCCCAGCGUCGGAGAAAGGGGUCCUGUGGCUGUCGGUGGUCUCCGAGGUGCUCUACAUCCUCCUGCUGGUGGUCGGCUUCAGCCUCAUGUGUCUCGAGCUCUUCCACUCCAGCAGCGUCAUCGACGGGCUCAAGCUCAAUGCCUUCGCGGCCGUGUUCACGGUGCUCUCAGGCCUCCUGGGAAUGGUCGCCCACAUGAUGUACACGCAGGUGUUCCAGGUCACCGUGAGCCUCGGCCCUGAGGACUGGAGGCCCCAUUCCUGGGACUACGGGUGGUCCUUCUGCCUGGCGUGGGGCUCCUUCACGUGCUGCAUGGCCGCCUCCGUGACCACGCUCAACUCCUACACCAAGACGGUCAUCGAGUUCCGCCACAAGCGCAAGGUGUUUGAGCAGGGCUACCGGGAGGAGCCGACCUUCACAGAGCCCGAGGCCAUCAAGUACUUCCGAGAGAGGUUCGAGAAGGGGCACCGGCACGACGACGAGGAGGACGACCUUCGCUUAGAUUGCCGCCACGAGAGAUACCCCACCCCAGGACACCAGCCACACCUGGGCGAUUCCUGGCCGCGGAGCUCUGCACACGAGGCCGGGGAGCUGAGCCGCCAGUGCUGGGUCCUGGGGCACUGGGUGUGACCGAGACCAGCCGGCCCCAGACCCCGCCUCCGUCAGCACCAGCUCUGCCACCAGGCCGCGCGUCUGGCGCCACCGAAACCUGGCCUGUGCGCUCUGAACCCAGCCAGCCUGCACGGGAGACACCGGCCGGCCCUGCCCAUCACUGCCCGGGUCUCAGGCCCGAGCAGAGGGGCCUGCGGGCCUGUGGAGUACACAGGGCUGCACAGAGCAACUUCGGGACAGCAACUUCGCACUCUUGCCACAUGCACAGCCCUGCUGGGUACAGCUGGGAGGCCAGGAAAAACCGGACAUCGGCCAUUGGAAGCCUGGGGUCCCCCGAGCCAGCUAGGAAGUUCAGGAGGUGUCCAGUGGCACAUAACCUUUCAGGGGGCAGGGCAUGGCACUGCAGGGGGCACACAGCAGGCACACAGCAGGGGCUGAAUAAAUGCUUGUUGAACCUGU